CGGCUCCGCGCGGCCCCGGCGGCCGCCGCUCCCCGCCGCUGCCCCUGCCCGUGCCCAUGCCCAUGCCGGCCGCGCUGCCCUAGCCGUGCUGGCUCGGCGCUCCUCGGCUCGGCGCGGGGCGGGGAGGGGGCACCACUUCUCUGAGUCUCCCCUCCACAUCGUUAUGGACCUAUUCGACUUUUUCAGGGACUGGGACUUAGAGCAGCAGUGUCACUAUGAGCAAGACCGGAGUGCACUUAAGCGGAAAGAAUGGGAGAGAAGGAACCAGGAGGUCCAACAAGACGAAGAUCUCUUUGCUUCAGGUUUUAACCUCUUUGGGGAACCCUACAAGACAAAUAAAGGUGAUGCCCUUGCAAACCGUGUCCAGAACACACUGGGAAAUUAUGAUGAGAUGAAGGACCUGUUAACCAACCAUUCCAACCAGAGCCACCUUGUAGGAAUCCCAAAGAAUUCUGUCCCACAGACACCCAUUGACAAAAAUGAACAGAACUUUUUCCCAGAACCGAGGAACAGGAUGAUCCCAUCUCAUCAGAUCAGUGGCCACUCAUCGACAUCAAUGCCUCCACCUUCUUCGUUGUCAUCUAAUUCUACUUUGCUACACAGUCACCAGAGCAGCAGAAAGUCGAGGACAGACUGGUCACGUGGUGGUCACAACUCCAGUGGGGCCCAGCCAAGCCAAUCCAGUAGUCAGCAGAGUCGGACAAAGCAUAGCUCCUCUCAUGACCAGGCACAGAGCAGGUAUGAAGACCUCUAUAAUUGUCAGAGUGAGCAGCAUAAAAGUGGAGGAACUGAGGAAGCAAAUUCUAUGGCAGCAUCUUCACAUUCAAGGAGGCACACUCAUUCCAAGUCAGCACCUGGAGAACAUACUUAUAAAGAAAGCAGUCAUUCGAAGUCGCCUGCAGAGCUUGAAUUUGUAGGUCAUGGUCCUGGCUCUCCACUUCCUUCCACUUCGUUGUUAUCUGCAAACAACAGCCUUUCGUCUCAGAAUUUCCCACCAGGACUUCACUGCAAGAACAGCAUGGUCCAGCAAAAGCCUACAGCCUAUGUCAGGCCUAUGGAUGGUCAGGACCAGGUACCCAAUGACUCACCUGAACUGAAACCGCCAAUAGAAAUUGAGAGUGGGUAUGGAAAUCAGUCCUUUGGAACACUGCUGGAAGGAAAAGUGAAUGCACCUAGUUCAAAGAACAAAGUACCAAAGCUCACCAUUCCUCCUGUUAAUGAAGUUCCCAAUGACUCCAGCUGUGUGGAAGACAUAUUACGGGAGAUGACCCAUUCCUGGCCUCCUCCUCUUACUGCUGUUCACACUCCUGGCAAGGCUGAGCAGACCAAGUUUUCUAUCCCAAGCAAGGUACAAGACUCCCAACAUCUGACCUCAGGAUACAAUGUACAAAAGUGGAGUGAUCCAGCAGGGAAAGUUGCAACUAAGUCAGUGCCACAAAAGUCAAUGCUUGAGGAUGAUCUGAAACUCAGCAGUGAUGAAGAUGACAAUGAACAGGCUGCCGAAAAGACAAAAUUGAGAAAUAUUCCUGUAAACAGCCUGCCCGUGCCAGCAGCACACGCAGCCGGCUUGGCCCAUUCCAGUGGCGGCUCCGGGAGCUCCAGUGAGUCCGAGAGCAGCUCUGAGUCUGACUCCGACAGCGAGAGCAGCUCCAGUGACAGCGAGUGCAACGAGGAGUCACGUAGUGCCACGCCAGAGCCUGAACCCCCCUCAACAAACAAAUGGCAGCUGGAUAAAUGGCUAAAUAAAGUGAACCCCCACAACAAGACCAUCAUCAACAAUCAAAAUGAGCCUCACAGUGAGACCAGCUCCCAGACCCAGAGCAACCAGCAGGCCGAAGGUCCUAACAAAGGGAAACUCAACAGCAGCCUGCCCCCAACUGAUUCCAAAGACCGGGCAAUCCUUAGUCCCAUCCGAGAGAAAGCCAAACCACGGGUUGCCCAGAAAACCCCAGAGGCAAAAAGCUCCAAGCAGAAGUCACCAGCUCAUAAUGAGCCAGCUUCACAAAGGACUACUGGGAAAAAGCAACCCAAAAAGGUAGAAAGGACUUCCAGUGUAGAAGAGUAUAACUGGCCCAAACCAAAUAAUACCAGCAACACUCCCAAAGAAAAAGACACACAGGAACCCCCCGAGCAGCCAAAGGUUCGAACUAAAGCAGCAGUUGGAAAGACUGCUCCAAGGAAAGAACCACGAACUAGCACAGGUCUCACUUCAGAGAAGAAGAAGUACAGAGGUCCCAGCAAAAUUGUCCCCAAAUCCCGGGAAUUCAUUGAAACAGAUUCAUCUACUUCUGACUCAAACACAGACCAGGAGGAGAGCUUGCAGGCUAAGGUAUUGCCAGCUUGCCCUGGCUCUGCCAAUGGUGUCAAAGCGAAGGACUCUGGCAGUAACAUCCUCAGCGUAAGUAGUUUAACUAGCAAUGGCAGCAACACAUCCAUUGACCAGACCAGCAAUGACCUGGAGGAGCAGCUCUUUUCUCCUAUUCCAAUCGUACAAAAUGAACUUCUGUCCCCUCUGAGAGAAUAUGAAGAACUCAAAUCUCUGUGGGUGAAAAUAGACCUUAGUUUACUCUCUAGGAUACCUGGACAAGAGCCUUUUGAGACCACAUCUGUGAAAAGUGAACCAAGAGAGGCAAAUGUGAAACACAGGCGACCAUCUCGGGAGUCCCCUACCCCAGCACCUGAAAAACCACCCACAAAAUCCAAAAGGAAACACAAGCAGACAGAAAGCCUGGAUACCUUUGUUGAAAGCAAGAAACAGCGCCUGGAGGACUCUUCAGCUUCAUGCCUACUCCCACCUUGUAUCUCUCCAAUACCAAAUCAUAGAUUAACCAGCACUAAAGAGGGCAGCGGUAACUCAGUGAAAAAGGUGGCAAAGAAAAGAGAAGAGAAGCUGUUCCCUCCUCCAUUAUCCCCACUCUUGGACGAGUCUGUGCACCGGCGACACAGCAGUGACAACAGCUCCUUCAGCCAAGAGACCAACAUCACAAACACCUCUCAGACCAGCAGCUCUUCCUCCUCUGUUUCUAAACACAGAAAGAAUGAAAAUAAAUCUUCUUCUAACCCCAAAGGAAUCUGUGAGGAAGAAUCUCACAAUACACCAACAGCCAACCCUCUUCUUGAUACUGGCCAUCUAGAAACAGACAUCUGGUCUGCAAUGCCAACACUUUCCAAUGGGAAUUCUGAGUCCAGAAGACCCAAAAUAACAUUUGAUGAUGUGCUUCACAAUGCGGAUUAUUACAUGCAGGAGGCUAAGAAGCUAAAGCAUAAAGCAGACGCAUUGCUGGAGAAGUUUGGCAAAGCAGUGAAUUAUGCUGAUGCUGCCCUCUCCUUCAUCGAGUGCGGGAAUGCUAUGGAGCGAGAUCCAUUAGAAGCUAAAUCUCCAUACACCAUGUACUCAGAGACUGUGGAACUCAUCAGGUAUGCAAUGAGACUCAAGAAUUUCACAGGCUCUUCUGCCACAGAAGGGGACAAGAAAUUAGCAGUUUUAUGCUACCGAUGCUUAUCACUUCUCUACUUGAGAAUGUUUAAAUUAAAGAAGGACCAUGCUAUGAAGUACUCCAGAUCUCUGAUGGAAUAUUUUAAGAACUCUUCAAAAGCCUCUCAGGCCCCCUCACCUUGGGGCGGCAAUGGAAAGAGCACAGAAACACCAUCGCCUAUGUCCCUGAGCCCGUCCCCAGUCAACUCUGCUGGAAGCAGUGCGGGCACCGCCGGCUCCUCCUCGGCAGGGACCAUCACCAUCCCUCAGCGUAUCCACCACAUGGCUGCCAGCCACGUCAACAUCACCAACAACGUCCUGCGAAGCUAUGAGCACUGGGACAUGGCUGACAAGCUGACUAAGGAGAACAAAGAAUUCUUUGUAGACCUGGACUCAGUGAUGGGACCCUUAACGCAACACAGCAGUAUGACCAGUCUGGUUCGUUACGUUCGCCAAGGACUCCACUGGCUCCGCAUUGAGGCUCAUUUGUUGUAGUGACUGCUGCCCUGUUCAUAACAUCCCCAUUCUUCUACCUCUACCAGCGCAGAGACGAUCACUGGUGGAACUCCACUCAUUUUUGGAAGUUUAUUCAUGUAACUUCAUUUUUAUUGCCUUUUUUAAUAUCCUAUCUAUUGGAAGUAGAAGUCACCAUAAAUUGAACUUAUGACUCAAGAGCAGUAUGUGUUGUACCAUCUAAUCAUUUUCAACAAUUUUCUAUGCCUUGUGUCUCCUGGAUCCUGCCAUCCUUAUGUGCUUUAUGGAACGGUACAUUCCCUGCAGUAUUGUUUUAAGUCCAUGCUGCCUUCAAGUGAAAACAAAAAAGCACUUUGAGAAGAUAUGGAUUCCUGAGAAAUAGUACAAAGCGUCUUAAAUAUUUGAGGGUAUAUAUGAGAAAUCCCUUCUGAAAUAAAUUAGUAGAAGUUAUAGCUAUUCAUAUGAUUUUAAAUCGUCUUCUGAACCUGAACCUAGCUUUUUGACGCUAAAUUUUGGCAUCAUUACCUGACAUAGUACAUUCCUAAUGUUUCAUGUUUCCUAUAGGCUUAAUCUCUAAAAGAGAACAUUGGAUAUCUUACAGAUACAUAAUGUAAGAUCGCCAAAGGUGUUAAGAGGUAAAAGGUUGAAGGAAUGCCUCAUAAAAGAAUGAUGACACACUAUGCAAUGAGGUUUUGAUAUUACAUUCUUCCUGUUUAUUGUUGGCUUAGUAAUUUCAUUAGGCAGCAGAAUUUAUUGCAGUUUUUAGGCAGUUUCCAAAUAUUAGCUUUCAUAGUCUUAUCUACCAUUUCUAUACUAAAUCUGUGACUUUUCUUUCAGUUUUGCUGUUUAGUUUCAAUCAAAUACUCAUCCAAGACUUUUUUUUCACAGAAUCUCUCCUUGCAUAGUGACUCAGUGAAAGCAGAUUUUAACAGGACUGCUACACUCUAAGCAUUGCUAUUGUAUGUGAAAGUCCAUUAAUAAGUGUAUGCAGAUUCUUCAUGAAAUUCUAGAAGUUUAACUAACCAGCUACUAUUGCAACAUUAUAAUUCCAUGUGGCAUCUAUUUUCACCUGUUUUGUUCAUUUCAGAACAUUAGAAACGAACAGUAUUAUUUUGCUAUCUUGAAAACAAUGUCAAAUUAAAUAAAAUCACUAGAUUUACCCAAAAGCAAUAUAACAUUUGUUUAAUAAUGGCCAUGAAUACUUCAGUCAGAUUACCUAUUUUCCAAGCUCUGCAUCUGUUUACCCAUGCUGUCAUGUUUCAGACCAUUCCUCUAAUGCGUGAAUAAUAAUGAGACAAUUCAGAUAGAAUUUCAAAGCAAUUGUGAAUAAAUUACACCAUUUCACAUUUGCUCUUUCCUCUUCUUUUCUUUUUUUUCCCCUGUUAUAAACUGCACUGCUCUUCUGGUGCCACUGCAAGAAGCGCUGGUGCAUGAAACAAAACAAAAUGAAUUUAUAUCAAUAAUUCGCAAGACUUUAAAUGGUCUCAUCUCAUUCUUGGUACAACGCCUGCAUACCUUACUGAACUGUAAAAUCCAUUUCCAUAAACAGAAAAUGCUCAUAGCAAUGUAAAUAUUAUUCUGUCUCAUCUCAUUGAAAUAAUACAAUAUGUGUAUUAAAUGCCAUCCAGAUAUUAGUUAAUUGCAAUUACCUUCUGCUAUAUAAACCUGUAUAUCUUUUAAUCUGGUGAGUUAUUGGUUUCUACCCACUGGGUUGUAACCAGAUAAAUAGGAAAAAUUUGCAUUUAAGAGGUUCAGACUGUUAUGAUUUUUAAAGCAAGCCCUGGAUAUUUGCAAUAAGAGCAGUUUGAGGACUCUGCCCAAUGCAUAUUUAAGACAAACUUUACUGUAGCUAUUGUAUAUUAGCUCCCUGUAGUACUACCUUUUCUUAAAAAUCAAUAAUUCCUAAUGUUUUGUUCCAGAAGACUGUAUUGUAAAUGUAGCCAAGGUGCGUCAUUAGAGAAAUCAUCAAGGUUAGGGUUGUCUGCAAAGGACAUUUGCAGAACAAGCACAUCCUGUAUUAUCUGCACAUUCCUGUUCCUGAGCUGGUCGAUACACCCUUAUCUGUUCUCUUAGGGUUUCAGUAACACAGCUGAAACGUGAAUCUGGCAGCAUUCAUCACAGUGAUUAUGACCCCAGUAGCCAAUGAAUAAAAACCAUGACAGUGAGAACCAUUCAGAAACAUAGAUGAAAGGUGGCUGUUGGUUUUUUUUUUAAGAAAAAGAAAACAAAACACUUGAAGUACUUUAUUCAACUUUUUUAACAGGGUGAGUACUUGAGAUGAAGUAAUGUUGGGGUGGGUUUGUCAUAAGCUGCCGUUUUCCAUUCUUUUUUCAAGAUCACACUAAUGCGAUUCAGUAACUAUUUAGUCUAAUUAAACGUAUUGUCAUCACUUUUUCCUUUAAUGUAGACUGAAGCCCUAGACUUCCAUGCAUUUACGAAGGAUAGAUAUGUCUUGAAAUACAGUCUUCAGAUACAAGACUGUUCAAAGAAGCAGCUGCAGUCACUUGGUGAAGACACCGUAUUACCUUCCCCCUGGGGCUUGCAGUAAACAGACUCCUAUCUCUACGUUUAGCCCAUGUUCACAAUCUUUUGCUUAAACAGCUUAAGGAAUUAGCCCACCUUAUUUCGUAUCCUGUGACUUAGUUUGAAAUGUAUGCUGAAUCAAUGGCAUGAUUAUAGUAAGUCCAGCAGUCAAGUCUAGGAUCACAAGCCAACUUACUAUUUAGCAGUCUUGUUUUAAAAGCGGCUUAGAAACAAAUUAAAUAUGGAGAGUGAAUUACUAUCUUAUCCCUGGAGAUGAUGCUUCUUUUGGGUUAGUUAUUAAGGAUUAUUGCACUUAUACAGGCACUAUAUUCAUCUCAUUUCAAAUGGCAACAUGUCAUCUUUGUGGAAUCAUUUUACCCCUUAAAAUAUUACUUCCAGCAGAGUUAAUCAAAUGAGAUUGUUUGUUUCAAUCCAUGGGGAAGCAGCAUGUGUUUGCUUGGGCAUUUGCUAUGUCUGCUCUUAAUACAGCCCACUUAGGCAUUCAAACUCAUGAACCAAGCUCCAAAAAUUACAAGAUUGCCUUCAAAUCACAGGUGGGGAGUUUUUUAAAUAAACUUUUUGGGUUCUUGCAUUGCCUUCUGGAUCCUGAGCUUUGAGACUGAUUUCAUGACACGUUUUCAGGCAUUUUUCAAGCAUGCCAAGGGCCAGAAAUGACACAUUUGUUUUUAAUAGUGAUAAACUGGGACAGUAAUGUAAUCUCUUGAUUUCUGCAGCUGGGAUUUAAGGACACCAAGCUUCAUAAAAAAUUGCAAGAGCUGACAAGACUCUCGUUUGUGUCCCAUGCUUCAGGAGCUUUGGAGCAAUAUCAAUAGUUCAGCAGUGAAGGGAACAUGCCAGUAAAGGGCUAAAUAAAUGCAAGCAUUUGGGAGCUCCAUCAGUGUGAGAUCCGAGGACAGCAAAGUCCUAAGUACUCAAGUGAGGCAUUUGCAUAGCACUUAACCUGUCUGUCAAGAGCUGCAGCAGGUCUUAAGUGAAGCAUUUGACAAUGUGCAGGCAGAAUAUCCUGUUUGAAUGCAGUAUCUCUGGCCACAUGAUGUGUGUUGGAUCCCUGAGAUCAGGGACCAGAGGGAAAACCUGAGAUGAUGAAUCCAUAUGGCCCAUUAUCCCUCAGACUAUGUCCUAGUGGACGUGGAUCUCAGCUGUGCUCCUUGGGCUCCUUUCAGAGAGCAAAUAGUUCUGCCCACGCUUACCAAACUUAACAGUGUAAGUGGUUCCUGCUGAAUUUGGAUAUAUGGGUUUGGCCCAGUAUUUCUGCUGUGCUGUUUAGUUUAGUUUGUUAUUUUAUUUUGUUUUGUUUUGUUUUGUUUGUUGUUUUAGUCAUUCUGAUUUAGCUUUCAGCCUUUUUGUUGAUAGUGGUAGUGGUGAAUUUCACAGCUUGCUUCUUAUAGCUUAAUUUCACUUUUUAUUACAUGGUCUUUGGGCUUCUAAUCAUUUUAACAGUCCCUCUGUGAAUAUAUUGUCUCAUUGAUGAAUUAUUUCCUUUCAAAGAUAGGGACAGGUCUGUUGAGAUCAGUGUGGGAUUUUUUGAAGAAUAAAAAAAUCAAGAUCUUCAUCCUUCCUAAAGAAACAGAACCUGAGAAAUUGAAUCUGGACCAUAAUUUCUUAGAUUUUUUUCAUUUUGCAGAUUUUAUGGUGUUCUAUUAUAACAGUUUAGAUUCACUGACAAGUUUUUAGGUACUUUGGAAGAAAUGUUUUCAUUGUAUUUUUAUUAGUGUUUAACGCUGCCUGAAUCAGUGAUUAGUUUCAUGAGUGAAACUUAAAAGGUAGCAAAUAUGGAGCUGGUAAGGAUUCUGACUUGAGUAUUGAUAUAUUUCUUUACUUUGAAUUCAGGAUAAACUCCACUACACACAGUAUUGAAGGAAGCACGUGUGUGUGUGUGUGUGUACACAUGUAGAUUUGGAUAUGGAUGUGCAACACAAAGUCCCUGCUCAGUACUUCAUAGCACAGGAAAAAAAGAUGCAAUAGCUAUAAGGAGAAAACACUCUUACCACUGCUGAAUAGUAACAGAAUUAUCAGUGUUCCUCUGUAGUUUGCAUCUGUUGUCUCCUUGCAGGCAGUGAAGGUAUGACAGGUAGUAGCAACAACUCUGUCAUCUUGGUCCUGUGGCCCCUGAAGUCAGCGCCAAAACCACGUGCUGUCAAUGUAUUGUUUAUCAGAAGUUAACUCAUGCAAUAUACCCGUGUCUUGAAAUUUUAAGAAAGGCAAAAAUACUUCACAAGUCACCAAAGAAAACUAAUUUGUCAUUAUGAACCAACUGUGAAACGUCUUAUAGGUGGGCAGGUCCACCAACCCAGGGCCUUUGCCUCUCUCAGCAUCUCCCCAGCCUCACUGAGUGCGCUGGGAAUGAGGCAGAGGGGGUGACAAUGAGAAGCCAGUCCACUGUCCUUAUGACAUCUUCCAGCUUUACUUUACAUAGUUUUAUAAAUACAAAUAAAACAAGUCUUGUUAAUGUU